AUGAACAACCUAUUCCCCCGUAUCGUUGCUCGCGAUGACAGCAACAGCGGACUCUCAAACGCCAUGGUCGACCUCCUCAUCGCCCUCCUGGUUCUCAUUCUGCUCUCCCUCGUUCUGGUCGGUGGCCUGCUCAUCCUCCGCCGCAAGCGUCAGUCUCGGAAGCAAAACUUGCUCCCAGUUCAUAAUGGAGAGUCUCUCAACAGACGCCGUUUAACUAUCUCCACGAACAAAAAUGACUCCGUGCUUGUCUAUGAUGAGAAACGCAGCCUCAUGGAGAACUCCUACAGCCCUCCACCUAGCCCUGUGCCCGAGAUCCGCAUUACCUUCCCAGAGGAGGAGGAUGCCAGCGGCAAACGUACCUCUGGCCGCAUGGUCGUUGUCCGAAUUAGUGAUGCGGGUAGCAUCGGCUUGGAACCCUGCCACGAGGAGCUUCCGCCCUACCAGAGCACCGACACCGGUCGCUUCCAGUCUCUGGACCUUGAGCGGAUGGGUGGAUUGAAGGAGAAAGAGACCAAGAUAUAUCAGUAA